AUGGUUCCCGGAGGGGAAACAUGGGAAUUAGAAAAAAAAGUGGCUUCAUACGGAAGAAGUCAUUUUGUAGAUGAGGUGCCAGGAUUAUACAUUAGGCGCCUUAGAUUAGAGGACCCAAAAAGCGCCAGAGAUCGUCCUCACACAGGACCUCCUAUAAAACAUUCCUGUCAUACCAGUAAUAAUUACUUUUUUUCGGGGCGUGGAACUUCCAGUAGUUAUAGGUCAUGGCUUAAACAACUGAGAAGUGAGAGGCCGGCAUUCUUAACAAUAACUUCUUUGGAACUUCCUGAAACUUCGGUACCUCUAAUUGAUUCCCUAUCAAAUGUUCCUUGUAAAAGGAUUGAUGAAAAUUUUGCUGAAAAAAAUAACGAAAUUGGAAAAGAACUUUUGGAGCGAGUCACUCAAGUUACUGAGAAACGGGAAAAGGAAAAAUGCGUUGUGAACGUUGAACCUGUUAAGAAAGUUCGUAAAGCUCGAAAACAACAAGGUAUUAAAUUGUUGGCGUGCACGAAGAAACCAGCGACCCUCGAGAAGUGCACGAGAAAUAUCAUUAAAGGAAUAAAGCAAACUGAGAGUUCAGAGGAUGAGGAGGACAGUGACUGUAUUUGCUCGAAAAUUUCGGAGAAUUUACGUAUUACUCUACGCAAAAAAACAGAAGUAACAAGAACUCCUCGUGAUCCCAGUCCGGAAGUGACUCACACGAUUCGCAUUGCGAUGAAGUAUCAUGGACAACCGGAUUGCGGUCUCAUUGGAAAGGACGAAAUGCAAGAGUCAAGUAAUUCCAGUUCAGAGGAAAAUAGAAAAUCAGUGGAGGAUCUCAUCUCCAAAUUGGAUGAAAAACCUAAGGAAAACUGUUGUCCCAGUGUAAACGUUGCUCUUGAUUUUACCCUCAAUUGCAAUAGCGUUCAAUUGACUUCUAGAGAAAUAAGUUUAAAGCCUGUCAUCAAACAUCAACAAACCUAAAAUGAAAUAGAUCGAAAAAGUUUAAAUUGUUUAAAUAAUGACUCAUCUAUAAACUUGAAAGUAUAAUUUGGGGGAAAUAAUUCACAGAAAUACUUUAGACAUUAGACUUUUCCGUUAUAAAUAAUUACAGAACUAAAUAUAAUAUAUGAAUACAAAGUUUAAAAAUUCAAUCAAAUUGGUCAUAAAAACUCAAUGUAAUUUAGGGGUAGAGCUUGUGAAUGCUAAUUUAGUGAUCACAGCGAUAGCCUAUUAAUUAACUUUGCUAAUAAAUCCUGAAAAAGAGGCCAGCGGUUGGCUUUACGACGCGCUUGUGUGCGACAUCAAGUCUAGUCCCCGCUUGACAAGGAUAGAAAAAGUAAAAAGUCGACUUGGUUUCUGCUUUCUUUCUCCUCCGGGCCGGGCCCCAGAAGAGGCCCUCCCUUCUCCUCACUGCCACCCUAUUCUCGUCGCCACCCUCGCUCCAAGUAUUUUUAUUUUGUCUGUGCACUUUGCGCUCACACAGAUCUUCUCACAUACCAAGGAUAAAGUGGUUCAUGGUCAUUUGUAAAAUUGCUCCUAAACCUUUCAUUUUCCAUAUAAAUUUCAUCAAAAAUAUUUUAUCCUAAUGUCGUAAUUUAACACAUUUUUGUUACAAAUUUUCAACUGUUUCAC